AUGGAUGGAUUCGUUCCUUGUUAUUGUGACCCAGUGUUUCCAUUUGGUGUCGGUACACCAACCUGCCCAAAGGGUGGUUGUUUGACAUAUGGUAUAUUCUUCUUCCUGGCCUUCUCUGUUGCCACGGCAGAAUGCAUAAGACGAAUGUGGAUCCAACGCAAACAAUGGCGCACUGCCGUCUACAUUAGUAAUGUUAUGAUGAUGAUUGCCAACCUGUGCCAGUCACUGCGCAUGGUUCUGGUGCUGGCCAAGGUCACCGAGAUAUAUAGUACCAACAUCAUCCUAUUGUUUGGCGUUGGCUUCUACUUUGCCUCCUACCUCUGGAUUCUCAUCUCUUGGUGCGACAUUAUCACGUCGGUCAACUUCAACAAGUCCGUUCAGAUCACCUUCAAAUGUAUCCGUUGGGCCAUCGUCUUCCUUUUCGUCAUGCACUUUGUUGGCUGGAUCAUUGCCUUCUCCAUCUGGUGGCCAUACCAAGUGUCCAACAUCUGGAUUGCCAGCUACGGAUUCGGAGUCAGUGUCGGUUACUUUGCCCUUGGUUUCUUCAUCUGGCUCGAGUAUAGGAGUGUGUCCAACAUCUCUGCUCACGGAAAGAAUGCCGAAAAGACCUACCGAAAGAUUGUCAAGCUCGUCAAACUGAGCUCAGCCGUAGUGGUCACUGCCCUCAUCAUGACUGGUGUCAUGUUUGGUGCCAGCUACAUCCUGCCAACGACCAACGAGCAAUUUGUUGGUUGGUUGUUCAUCACGAGAAGUUCAUUUGUACUUUUUACUGGUGCAACAUUGGUGUUCUUCAUUCCAUCAAACAACAAGAGACUGACAAGCACAUCAUCAGGCACCAAGGGAUCGUCGUCCGAGUGGUCCGAGAAGAUGAACAAAUUGGAGUUUGCCUCUGGCGAGUCAAAAGAGGAGCCAGAGCCAAUCACCCCUGGUGGCGACCUCGAGAGUAAUGUCUCCAGUACACCAGUGUCACAGAGCUUCAAUGUGGAGAUUGGACAAACUGGAGAUGGAACUAAUGGUUCCUCGAAUGUAUAA